CUGCCUGGGUGAUUUUUUUUCAUCCAGCUUCAUCCAGCUGACAACGGUGCAAAAAAAUGUGAAAUCUGAAAAUCUUCAAGUAGUUUCUCUUCUCUCCUGAAAAAUUGUCGAUAAUUCAUAAAUUUGUUUCAGGAAGAUGUUUCCUGCGGUUUUCGUUUGAAUCUUGUGUGUUUGUUUGAUAAUCGUGUGAUUAAAGUAAUCUGUAAAGCUAUGUAAAACAUUAAGUUUCACGUUGCUAAAUGAUAUUCUCUAGUUGAUAUUUUUCUAGUGAAUUGUGAUUUUUAUCAGUGGGUCUGGCUAGAGAGAAAUAUGUGGUACGAAUUCGUAUCGUUGAAAUUCUGUACCCCUGUCUGAUAACUCGGAGAAUUAUAUCAUUAUUAUUAUGUACGUGAUGACCGUACCAUUUUGACCAUUUUUUCAUCACUUUCACCAUCAGCAUGAAGAAAUUAUUUGGAAAAAGCGAAUCGAAAAGUGACAAUAAUGCUAAAGAUUUGGGUAACUGCGUUGGAAAGUCAUUUGUGGUUGGAAGAAUGACCGUGGUCGUAGAAGAAGUUAUUGCCGAAGGAGGGUUCGCUGUUGUUUUCCUUGUUAAAGCUAAUAAUGGGAAACGAUACGCGUUGAAAAGAUUAUUCGUCAAUAAUCCUUCGGAUUUGAACAUAGCAAAACGAGAAAUCCAAAUAGUUAGUAAUCUAAAUGGGCAUAAAAACAUGAUUGGCUACGUUGAUUCGAGUAUUGUUAGCCAAGGUAAUGAUGUAUACGAAGUAUUAAUGUUGAUGCCUUACUGCAGGAAUCAUGUCCUUAGCAUGAUGAAUUCAAGAUUGCAGUCUGGAUUCAGUGAGAAGGAAGUUCUGCAUAUUUUCUGUGAUAUUUGCGAAGCUGUGUCGAGGUUACAUCAUUGUCAAACUCCUAUUAUUCAUAGGGAUUUAAAGAUAGAAAAUAUUUUGUUAGCUGAAAGCGGCGAUUAUGUAUUGUGUGAUUUUGGUUCUGCUACCGGACGUAUUCUUGAUCCAGUGAAAAAUGGUGUAGCAAGCGUUCAAGAAGAAAUUGAAAAAUAUACUACAUUGUCGUAUAGAUCUCCCGAGAUGGUUGACCUGUAUUCAGGAAAACCAAUUACUACCAAAGCAGAUAUAUGGGCAUUAGGUUGUUUGUUGUAUAAGCUGUGUUUUUUUACGUUACCAUUUGGAGAGAGUACUUUGGCUAUUCAAAGCGGACAAUUUACAAUCCCCGAAAACCCGAAAUAUUCUAGUAAAUUGCACGCUCUAAUAAAAUAUAUGUUGGAAGUCGAUCCUGAUAAGAGGCCGGAUAUAUUUCAAACAUCGUAUUUCGCAUUUUCAGUUGCUGGUAAACCAUGUCCCGUUAAAAACUUAAACAAAUCAGCGGUUCCUAAUGUAGAAGAAUUAAUCACGUUGUUGAGCUGCGAUAAAAAACAACAACCACCUCCGGUCAAGAUAGCUCCAUCUAAAUCCCAACUUUCUAACGUAGUUCCUUCUGAACCGUUUUGUAGCACGAGCGUAACCCCGCGACAGCGACCUAAACCGAUGAAUACAACGAUUGCUGCGACUGCAUUAGGAUCAUCGCCAGUACUGAAACGAGCUUUAUUUCCGAACCCGUCGUCAAUUCAGCAAGCUUCGCAGUCUCCGGACGUGACAUGUUCCUUCGUAAACCCACCUAAUACAAAUUCAGACAGUACAGAUACUCGCUUUCAGCCGACUGAUCAUACUCAGAAACCUUUCUCAGUUACGCCUCCACCAGAGGCUGCCUCGUUUGAUAAUUUAUUCCCUUCAAAUACAGAAUUUGAAGACCCAUUCAGAGAAGAGCCGCAGAGUUUGCCUCCGAAUACUGGUAACGCUGCAAAAGUACAAGGUGAAAUAUUCACUGGACAAUCCCCAACAUUAUCCCCGUCAAAUAAACAUAAUAUUCAUAGACGAAAUGUCAGCGAUACUUCUGCGUUUAAAAGGGUUUAUUCGAACGAAAUGAAUCAGUUUCGCAGUUCACAAAAUGCAUCGCUGAAAGCAACAUCGAAGGACGACUUCGAUAAAACGGAUACUCAAGACUUGAAACAAUUUUCAACUGCAAGAGUUGUGCAGAGCAAUAAAAGACUCGAUAAAGAAUCUAAAUCUUUAUCGAGCGAGGUUUCUUCGUGGAACCCAUUCGAAGAAGGUGCUGUACAUGCAACGAAAUCGCAUAGCGUUAGUAAUGAUAUAUUCAUGGCGAAAUUUCAAGAUCGAAGUUUCGCACAGCAACCAGAUAGAAAUCAUUUCGAUAAAAAACCAACAGAUAAAAGUAAAGAUGGCGAAUCCAGUGAGGAUCCCUUUGGUUCUGCCCCGUUCAGAUUACCCGGUUCAAAACAAUCGAACAAUAAACAUAAAAAGUCUUCUAGUGCUGAUUACACAAGCUCAUUAGAUAAAUGGAAAAAGUAUUUCAUUGAGAAUAAUAUAAAAGUAGAUGAUUUAAAUUUGGAAAUCGGAACCGACAGCGAAAUUGAAUGGUACAAUGAAAUUUCAUCCUCUGAAUUGGUAGUUGCUCCGUCAACAUCUCCUUUCGUUCCGCCUCCAGCCGAAGACAGAUCGAAAUACGAAAAAUUAACCAGUAAUUUGGAUGAUGUAUCGUCUGACGAUAGUGUUGAAGAUCCAGCGAGCGGAGAUAAUUCUCAAAAACGGGGUUCGUACAACAGGCGUAUUUCGCGUCGUAAGCCGAAAGGACGAAACGACGUUAAAACAAAAUCUAACGAAAACGCGAUUAAAAAAUCAGACUCGAAUGAUUCCAUCGGUUCUGCGAGUGAUUUACGAGCACGACAAGAGCAAGAAGAAGAAAUAGACGAUAAAGAAGAUAGCGAAACGAUGACCGUAAACGAUAGCGUAUUAACUUGCGGCUCAUCGGCAUAUCAUGCCGAAUGCGAAAGCAUGGCUAGAGAAGAGUUACCAUCAUCCAGGAGGUAUCCGAGAAUGGCGAAAUUACCGGAGAAUAAAGAACUCGAUACGUUGUUCGUAGGUCAUUCGUACGGCGACAAGCCCCUAUUGGCUGAUGACGAAUUAGACAAAGGAGAUACAAUAUCGCCGGCUCCGUUGAUCGAUAUGAACGACGAACAGAAAGAGCUCAAUAAAGAAGACGUAUUUUCAUUGGCACCGUUCAGUAAAAAUCGUAAAAAACCCAAAGAUACUAGUCAAGCCGAUUUACUCAUCACUAUGUCUCCUAAUAUAGCCGAAGGAGCGUUGGUUGAUUUAGAUGAUAGUAAAUCAUAUCCUUUCGAUAGUAAACGCGGUAGCAACGCGUCGUACAAGGAAUUCGAUUCCACAUAUCAGAUCGUAAACAACGAUAGUUUCGAAACAACGGCAGCUUUUAUUCAAGGCGUCGAUGCGGUCGCCGAUAAUAAUCCAUUUAGCGCGUCUUUCAAUCCACCUCUUACUACGUGUGCUACGAAUUGCGAAACUGGCCAGUUCGAUAAAACAAAAGAAGAUCUAUUCGGAGCUGUUCCUUUUUCUCGGAUGGCCGUACCGGUCACAAAAUCGCCGUGUAAUCAAAACGUGGAUGAUUUUAUAAAUUUCUCUACCGAUAUUUCCGAUACUACUGAAACCACUGUUGCAGCUAAUAACGUGUAUUAUAUGCCGAACGCGAACUCGUAUUCUACCCCAGCUCGUACCAAUGAUAUCGAAUACAGCGCCGGUAUAAAUAAUAUGAGCUUCGAAGAUCAUACAAGUAACGGUGCUGAUUUCAACGAAUCGACGUCCUUUACCAAAGUCAAACCGGCUGCUAACACUAUGGAAUGCGGCCAGAAGUUUUUCUUUCAACCUAAUAAAAGCAAUAAUCCAUUUUUCUAAUGUAUAGUUACUAUUUGUAUGUAUUUAUCCUUCUUCGAGUCUUGUUUUCUCUUUUGUCCUGUAUUAUUCUGUAUAACGUGUCUUAUGAGUCGUAGAAGUAGAUUUUAAUAGCGAAGUUUAAUCGUUGUCUUGUUCGUUUUUAGAAAAGUUUUUCCUUUUUUUCUCCGUUAUUUCGUUAAUUGUAGAAUUUCUGUUUAAUGGUGCUUUGUAUUAUACCUUAUCGAAGUGUUUAUCAUCGGAUAUGUGAAUAUGUCUAUGAGUAUAUUACCAUUUUUUUCUCCCUUCAACCAUACCUACAAACUCUUGAGAAAUUAUUAUUCGCAAAAUACCUAAUUGCUUUUUAUUAUUUAUUUCUUAAAAGUUCUUAUUAAUAAUACAAACUAAUCGCUUUACAACAAUAACACUAAUACAAAUACCUAACUAUUUUCUUCAUACCCUAGUCAAAGUUUG